UCAGCUGCUUUCCACUGUAGGAAGCGCGUCCGAUCCAUAAGCAGAAAUGUCCGAGGAUCUCACACCAAGAGCAGCCCUGCGCAGGCUGCGAAUGCAAAUGGACUCCGAUGAACCCUCUCGAAAGAGGAGGUGCUAUAAUCCUAGGGAUUCCUCACUCACAUUUGUUGAUGGGGAGGACGAAUUGGACUUUUUAUGUGAAGAGUUUGAGUCUCCAAAAGCAGUGAUGUCCUGUGGUCAUGCAGUCACCCCGAUGUCUCUCACUAAAUGGUGUAUUCAGCUGCUGGAAGAUGGACAAAACACCUUUGUGUGUGCUGUGUUUGGCUGUGAUGCUGUGUGGCCUUUUGAAGAGGUCUGCAAGAUGGCUCAACUGACUACUCAGGAAAUCAAGUACUUUAAAAUGAACAUGGACUUCAAUGCUUCUAAUAAAAGAAAAUGUCCUGGAUGCAUGUCCCAUGUUGCAAGACAAAAUGAAUUUAAUCUUUGUGUCAGCUGCAAAGAGUGCACAGCAAAAAAAGGACGUCAAUAUGAAUUCUGCUGGCAGUGCCUGAGAGAAUGGAAAGGACCGAAGCCGCGGUGGGACAGCUGUGAGAACGAAGGCUGCAGCAACACGGUGCUGCAAACUCUGCAAACCUGCCCUGAUACAACAAUAGCAUUUAUCAGUUGUCCCUCCAUCCGGGCCUGUCCCACCUGCGGAUCACUGCUGGAGCAUAAAGGAAACCACUGCAAACACCUUACCUGUCCCCGGUGUAAGGUCAAGUUCUGUUUUGUGUGUCUGAAGACUUUUAAUGAAUGUUCUAAAACAAGCGGCAUCUUAGCACCGUGCUCCAGUGGUGUUGCUCCCAGACAGACAGUUAUCCCAGUCUGGAGAAAGAAAUAUUUCUUUGGAUUUUGAUUUGUUAUCUCAAAUACCACCAAUUUAUUUCAUUGUACAGUAGGUUUUUCUUAUCCCAGACACAAACACCACAUCACUGGGCCAACACUCCUCAUAAAGUAAUAACUGGGCGGUCGUGGCUGGUGAAAGUAUAGUUUACAUAGAUAAAUGCAUAGAUAGUAUCUUAUUAGUCUGUGUAGGAUUGUAUAUAGCCCUAACUUGCCACAGUCCCAAUUGAGUGUAAUGCAGAUCUCUACAGUCACUAGUUUGUCAGCUUUGAGCUGCUGUAGUGCAAAGAUGAACCAUUCCACAAAUGGGAACUGACUCCUAUGUAAUUAUAAAAAGCAAUUUCUAAUGCAAGACAAAUAUAGAGAUGGAAAGCUUCAGUUCACAGGGGACAAUAAAU